CGCAGUGCUGACCGGCUGAUCGCGGAGGAAACCUGUCACAUCGGAGCCACGAGUCAGUCAACGGACGCACGGAGACCGGGGAGGAUGGAGGAGAUGAGGGCGGGCGCGUGCACGAGGUAACUGAGGUGGGGCAAGUUGCACGUAACCCCCCUUCCUCUGCCUCUCCUUGGUCUUCUAUACCAUGAACUCUGGCUCUGCCCAGGAUGUGGCGGUGGAGCAUUUCCUGCGUGACAUAGAAAGGCGGGGCCAGCGGUUGCACUGUGCUGUGAUUGGCUGUGCGGAGGCGCCUACCCGUGGCGACAUGAACCUGCUGUACCGGAAGAGUCGACUGGAUUGGAGACACCGAGAUCAGGAGGGCAAGAAGAGCUGUAAAGAUGCCUCAUCGGCAACGGUGGGGAAGGUGCGUGACCUGGCAUCAUUCCGUCGUCAUUUCCGUAUGGGCUUCAUGACGAUGCCCGCAUCUCAGGACCUCUCGCCGCAUUCCUGUGCUGCUGCCAUGGCGCCACGCUCUCAGUCAUGCCACGCCGUGGGCACUGGUGAGGGAGAGGGCCUUGAAAAUGGUGACGACCCUGACUCGGACGCUCAGAUGCCCUCUCACACGGGACGAUGCCCCCCAGCUAAGCCUAAACGUCACCCGAGCACCCGACUGAGCUCCACGCCACAGCAGGAGCACCCAGGACGUGGUGGACAUGCACCACCUGAUGCCCCUCCACCUCCACCACCCCAACAUCCACCCAAACACUCUGAGAAGAAGAAUGCAAUGAAGAAGUCAGACUCCGGUGAAUUGCUGGGCAGGAAGGUGCCUCCCCAGAAGCCCAAACGGAGCCCGAGCACCCAACUGUCCUUUGAUGCUCCACCCCCUCGGCUUCCACCACCUGCCACACCCCUGCCAUUCCAGAGUGCCGAGAGCACCGGUGAUGAUGAGCCUGUAUACAUUGAGAUGGUGGGUCAAGUGUUUACCCGAGAGACACCUGGUGUGCCAACACCCUCGGCCACAACACCUGACUCUGACUCAGAUCCAGGCGAGGAAGCUAUUUAUGAAGAGAUGAAGUACCCAGUGGCUGAUGAUGCCCACCAGCGACGCCUCCCACCAAAGCAUGAGCGUGCCAAGUCAUCAAAAUCCUACACAUCUUCCUCUGUCUCUUCUUCCUCCACAUCUUCUUCACUCCCUCGGCCUGCAUCCUCCUCACCUUCCUGUCCUUUGCCAUCCUCUAAGCCAAAAUCUGCCGUGUCCAUCUCUCACUCUUCCCCCUUACCGUCGUCUUCCUGCUCUGCCUCCUCCACACCUGUUCCUCAGCCUCUCUCAUCCUCACCACACCCUCCUCGAGCCCCUACCCCCUUCCUCUUACCAGGCACCAAAUCAGAGUCUGAGAUUGGAUCCAGUAAGAUCCCUGCGCCUUUCCCCAACCUGCUUCAACACAAGCCACCCCUGCUGGCUUUUCCACCCCCAAAGAGUGGCUCUUCCAAGCUGGGCUCCAGCAGCAGCCCAUCACCAGCCAGCUUACCACCCACCAUUGGCAAUUCUGCUUCAAAGGAAGCAAACGUUGGAGAGAAGGAAAAGGAAAGGAAGGAAGGGCCAGCACCAGGCCUACGAGCUCGGAGCCACUCAACACCUUUGCCUCCAUCCUCAAAAUCUUCCUCACCAUACUCACACCAUCAUCACCAUCAUCACCCACACCACCGGCCCUCACACUACCACCAUUAUCGCAAACCUGAGAAAGAGUCAAGUAAGACCUCACAGGGUACCUCGCAGACCUCAACACAAACUCAGACACAGGCCAAAGAGGGCAAGUCAGUCAGUUUUCUUCUGAAGUCGGACAAAGCCGAGAGGGAAAGGGAGCGAGACAGAGAGAGAGAACGAGACAGAGACCGUGAUCGAGAAAGGGAUCGAGACAGAGAUAGAGACACUCCAGUAACACAGUCAUCCAGCCAAGUUGACACGGCUGCCUCUACUGCUGCCACUACAACCACUAGCCUUCCUUUAGCGUCAUUGUCUUCAUCCACGUCAUCGGGGAUGUCGUCCACAUCCUCCGCAUCACAGAGGCCUCCAUCUCGUUCAGUUCAGCGUUCACACACUCCUCACACACACCUCCCAGCCUAUAAGCCCCCACCUUCAGACAGCCCUCUGCUCUGGACAUACCCAUCUGCAGGAUUUCGUCGCCCUCCAGCUUAUGACAGCCUGCGUGCUGGCACACCGAUGCCCUCCCUGCAUCCAGAGGGUGGAACCAAGGCUGGGAGUUCCCAGGUUCCACAUGCGAAGGCCGGGUUCCUGCCCUGGGAUGCCAGUGGAAGUGGUCUAGGCUUCACUGAUGAUCAGGCCUACUGGCCCAUGCACAGGAAGCUCUCCUUCAGCCAUGGCAGCAGAGAGACAGAGAAAGAAGAAGGCCGUGUCUGGAAUGGUAGUACAGAUGCUCUGCUAAGAAGAGACAGAGAGGAUUCUGUGGGUAGUGGUCGGGCUGGAGGAGUUUCUGGAAUCCCUGUACGGGCUUCAGGAAGAAUUGGGCACAGUGAGAGUCUAGCAGGAGCAGAUGGGCCACCAGGUUUAAGAGUAAUGCCCCGCACAGGACUGCCCUUGCCAUGCCAGACCUUCCCUGCCUGCCGCAAUGGAGAGCUCGGCCGGCUGGGUAGAUCAUCCUCCACAUCUGGAGUAAAGCAAGCAGGAGGGGAUAUUCAGAGACAAAGUAGUCUGCCAGCUAGAGAAGCUCUAAACCAGUUGCAAGCUCUCUCUCAGGCACCCUGCAGUCCGUCUCUGGCUCGUGCUCAGGCUCAGACCUUGACUCAAGCUCAGGCUCAGUUCCACCUGCAGCAGCUCCAGCAGCACCACCUGCAGUUACAGUUCCAGCACCUGGCCCAGCUGGCAGCACAGGCUCAGGCCAUGCCAGGCACAGGCAGCACCGCUAUCGGCAUAACAGCCAGCACAGGCACGAUGGGCACAUCCACCCAGCGGGAUGGCAAGCUUCUGGAGGUGAUCGAGAGGAAGCGUUGCCUGUGCAAGGAGAUCAAGGCUCACCGGCGGCCAGAUAAAAGUCUGUGCAAACAGGACAGCAUGCCCAUUCUGCCAAGCUGGAGGAAAACACCCGAGCCACGUAAAACAGGCACACCGCCUUGCCAGAGACCGCAGGCCGUGGUGUGGGACACGGCUAUCUGACACACAGAGAGAGACAGAAUGACUGAGAUACACUGAUGUUGCCACUUUAUUAAGUACACCUAACAUCAUUCACCUGACAUUUGGUCAAGUAAACCUACCAUGUAGGGGUACAACAUGUAUAUGAUUAGUGCUCCAUUUCUACUUUAAUUCAGCAAUCAGUAUAGUAUUGCUUUUGCAGUUAUUAUUUUUGUUAACAAAUUUUCAAACAGGGGGCACGGUGGCUUAGUGGUUAGCACAUUCGCCUCACACCUCCAGGGUUGGGGGUUCGAUUCCCGCCUCCACCUUGUGUGUGUGGAGUUUGCAUGUUCUCCCCGUGCCUCGCGGGUUUCCUCCGGGUACUCCGGUUUCUUUUCCCGGUCCAAAGACAUGCAUGGUAGGUUGAUUGGCAUCUCUGGAAAAUUGUCCGUAGUGUGUGAUUGCGUGAGUGAAUGAGAUUCCCCAGUGAUACUGGGGUCCUGUGGGACCCCAGUAAUGAUGCACUGAAAUACAAUAUAAAACACCAUGCCUCCUGAAUCUAUUUUGAACACAUUAUCUGUUUGUUCUGAAUAUUUAGUUAAGGUGAAAUGCCAAAUUUGUAGAUAUACAGUUACUAACUGUAGCCCAUCAGUUGCUAUGCACCAAACCUCAACAACACUGCUGUGCCUAAUACACUUACCACCGCAUUACAACUGUUGCUGCUGUCCUGAGAGGAUCCACCACCCUAAUAAGAUCUUCUCCUUGGUCAUCUUACGGUUUUUAUUUAAUGGACAAGUUCGAGUGAGGCCGACACAUUGAGCCAGAAAUAACGCUACAGUUAGUAACUUUAUUUCCUACAAAAUGCCCUUAUAUGGUAUGGUAUAGUAUGUGUACAUGAUGAAAUGGCAACUGAGUGUAAAUACAACAGAGAUGUACCUAAUAAAUUGGCAAACGUGUGCUACAUGUCAUAUUCUGCAAGAGAGAACGGUUAAAGGAGAAGAAAGAGGAUGGAGGAAAUAUUAAUAAACUCAGACAAACAUGGAAUCUGUGAAUGUUGAAAACAAAGACGGGUGUAUUAUAAACAUGUAGAGUUCGUAUUGUAUAUCUUUGGGGGGGUUUGCUUCGUUUUUUUUUUUCUCGGGGAGGGUGGUGAUGAUAUCACACAGCAUUUUACGUGCCAUAUAAAGACUAUAUAUACAUAAACACACAGGAGAGACACGUUUCAGUCGAGACUCUCUUUUACCUACCAUGCCUCAUCGCGACUUCUGAGAGAACUACACUGAGUUUACAUUUUAAAAAAAUACAUACUGGACUUCUUACACAAACCUUUGGAGCUCUCUGUACAUGUUCUUGAGGGGAUGGAGAAUUCCUUCAGCCAGGAUGACGGAGGGAUGAAAAGAUUGUGAGAUGUUUGACACGUCAAGAAGGACACGGAAAUGCAGCCGGGUGAUUCUACAUUCCAGAGUGUGUGUGUGUGUGCGUGCGUGUGUGUGUGUGUGUAUGUCUGGAUUGUGGAUACGGAGGACAGGACAGACCUGAAAUGAAAGACCUGGAAAGCGAUAUUUUGCUGUAGAUGAGCACAUAGUGUGUAUAGAAUUAAAACUAGUCAAAUUCCGGAAAUACACACACCUACACAGACCAGAAGGUAUCAUUCAAACAAACUGUACACGCACUCAGUAUAUACUUACACUGCUAAAGCAAACACACACACACACAUGCACAGACACACCAACACAUACUUAUACUGCUAAAUCAACACACACAUUGUAAAGUAUGGAGGUGUGUAGUGCUGGUGUAGUUUGUAUAGAAGUGCUAAUUUGCUGGGUUUCUUCUUACGUUGAUAUUAUUGAUCGAGCGUGAAGGUGACCUCUCUCGGUUGCGUUUUGAUUGUUUAUACUACCUAAGAAUUAAACGCAAAAAUCGAUGAUUCCCACGCGUUCGUUUUGACUUUCGCAGUAGCUACAGGAAAACUUAAUGGAGUCUGUUCACACAGAUCAGACUGCCCCUAAAAAGAUCUUCAUCACAAGCAGCAAGACCACUUUUGGAUGUCCACUUUUGGAUGUGAUGGAGAUUCAAACAUUCAGAUUCCAGAUUGGAGUCUUGUUGCCUAGUGUACUUACGUAUUGAACAAGAUAAUAGACGGGAAAGUGAAGCUAGUUGGCAAUGAAAGGAAAACUUCACUGUUUUUCAACUACAUCUCUAUCCAACGUAUCUGCAUUUGUGGCUUUGUAAAAACAUUUCUUCCAUAAUUCGAUACCUUUGUUGUUAAAGUAUAAUGUUUAUAGAUUUGAAUUUGUUUCCUUAGUGGUUUAUUGGUUAGCAUGGGUGUCUCACACCUUUGGGGUUGGGGGUUCAGAGUUAGCAUUUUCUCCCUGGUUUUCAGAGGUUUCCUCUGCGUACUCUGGAUUCCUCCCCCAGUCCACCAACAUACUGAUUCUAAACUGCCCCUAUUGUGUGCUCUGUUUUGGGUUCGUCCAGGGUGUCCCCCACCUUGUGCCCCAAGGCCCCUUAGAAUAUGCUCCAGCCUUAAUUUGACUCUAUGUUGCUAUAGAAAGUGGGCAUAUGGUUACAUAUCGUCGCUGUCGGGCGGAAUCCUCGUAUCUCCAAAACAGUUACUUUUCAGGAAAUUAAAAAAACGCCGUACCUUAUCUGCAGUGCACAGGGUUUAGUCCGCGUUGCAGUGGAUAGUCUUGCGCUAAAUUCCUGUCCUCAGACGAGCACCAGAACUAGCGGGGGUCAAGAUUUUUUUUUCUUUGAGCCCAGUAUUUUGAAGACAUUUACCUCAGAAGACGUGUUGAUUCGUUGCGACUCUUCCUGAGGAGAAAUAUGCCAUGAAGCUCUCACACGGAGUGAGGAAGAGGUGGACAGUUGAAGUGUCCAAUGGAGUUAUGAGAUUUGUGCUCAAGCUAUUUUCAAGACUUUAGAUUGGUUAAUAACUUGUAAAAAUAACAGACCCACGUGGGGACUGACCAAUAGCAUCGAUAUGUGAAAAAAUAUGAAAUUGACGAAAUUUGGACAUACGAGGUUUACGCCCGACAGCGACGAUAUUUAAAAGGUGUCUGGAUUUAAUUCAAAAGCUUUCCAUCAUUUUUAUUUAAUAGUAGUGAAGAAAAAGUUUCUUUUUUGCAAGAAGAAGGUAAUUGCUGUUUGUGAUAAUCGAACACGUCGAUGUGUUGGAUGGAAAUUCAACUGAAAAACCCUAAAGUAUUCCUUUAACAUUGUUCUAUCAUCAUGCUGAAACCCACAAUCUCACUUCGAUCUGCUCGGUUAUGGUUUGGCAUUUUCUUGAUUCUAAAAGAAUCAGAGAAAGUCUUUGUAAAUGAAUCGGUUAUCGUCGUCAUUUUCCGUGUCUGGCAUCAGUGCUUGUGUCAUUGUCUACUUAAACCAGACCUAAAGUGUAGAUCGACGUCUUUGCGCGUUUCAGGAUGGAGUAAAUAAGAUCGGAUAAUCCAUAUCUCGAUGGAUCUGCAGACAGAUCCGUGACUCUGUAUCAUAUGCUAAUACCAUGUACAUAAGUUUAAAGUAUUAUUGCCUCUUCAUAUCAGUGACGGCGUCAUCAUAAGUGUCGAUCGUAUGGAAUUGUGACAGAGAUUCGUUUGAGGUUGGUUAAGGUUCCAUCACUCUUACACACACACACACACACAUACACACAACAAACAAACACAAACACACACAGGCUCUGCCAUUCAUAUCAGACACUAAGAGGCAAACCAAAAUCAACUUCUGUUCCUUCGCUGUGUGGCCUGGAUGAUCACUCGCGCUCCUCAAACGAAUAAACAAAAAUGCUGGAACUAACUGCACAAUACAGAAACAACAACAACAACAAAAAAAAAAAAAAUGCGAAAACUACACAGGAUGUGCUAAAAUAAACACACAAGGGUUCGAAAUUGUAAAAUAGAUAUGUAAAACUGUAUUGAUUAUGUAGCAAAUCUUUCCACUUUCAUACUUGUAAUGGACAAGUAUACUGUAGCAUACGAUGUAUAAAAAAAAAGUAAAAGGUGUUUAAUUGUUUUAUAAAGGAAUUUAGUAGUUAUAUCUGUGGCAACCUGUCUACACUGUACCGAAUGGUUUGGCCCAUUGAAAUGCAAAGCCCUCUUACUAAAGGCACGGUCACAGACACAACAAUACAGUAUCUCCUGCUAGAAUUAUGCAAGUCCCUUUAAAACAGGUCUACUUUUACUGCUUUUUUAAUCUAUUUGUUUAUUUAUGUACAGGAACCACCAGCCCAGUUUGGUCACUGUUUGGAUAUUUUGGAAUACUUUUGCUGCUAUUGAAUUACUACUGCUGUUAUAAAUAGUUUGUCAUAUUCCUCACUACUGGUAACACUUCUCUUAUUAUACCUCUUCCUUUUUUUGCUGCAUUUGAAUGUUCCUCUGUUUUGUUUUGUUUUUUAUUUUUAUUUCCUUGAGGUCAGAGUAGAACAGAGUUUGGCCUAACUAUUGAGGAGUAGAUCUUUCCGUGAUUGUACUAUGGCACGCAAGUGGGUUUGUUUUUGUUUUUGUUUUUUUUUCGUUCUCUUUUUGUGGUUGUGUUUAAACUUUGUUGUUUCUUUCUAAACAGUUAUCACCAACUUGUACAGUUUUCACUUUAUCAACACUACUGAGAAACAGAAAGGUCGCAUCGCAGCGUCGUCAACGCCGUUACCGUCUUCAUGGUGUCAUUACGGUGUCGCCCUGGUGUGGUCAUUAAGCUACCAUAACAUUAUUGUGGUGUCAUCAAGGCCUUGUCAUGAUCUUUCAAAUGGUAUCAAUCAUGGUAGUACCAUUUGACUACUUUUUAGCCUGAUGUUGUCAUGGUGUUACGGGGAAGUUACUAUAGUGUCAUCAUGGUGUACUAAUGAUGUAACAGUUGUGUUUCUAUCGAUCGCAUUAAUGCCACAUGACGAAUGUGAGAACACCGAUACAAUUCUGUCGUCGUGGCAUCUCAUGGUGUUACCUUGAGGUUACUGAAGUGACAUCUUGAUGAUAAUGAAUGGUUACUGUGCAGUUAGUUAUCAUGCUGUUAGUGUAAUGUUCUGACUGUCCUGGUAGCACCAUAUGACCUAGUUGGCCACUAUGAGUACUCUAUCAGUGCCCUUGUGUCACCAUGAUAUCAUCAUGAGGUCAGAGUGGUGACACCAUAGUGUUACUAUGGUUACACCAUGGUGUUCUCCUAAUGUUACCAUGACGUUGUUGGCAAUCAUGGUUAACACCAUGCCACCCACAACAAGUGCACGGUCAAGUUGUUACCUUGAGGUUGCUCUGGUCUCAGCAUGACGCUCCUGUGGUGUCACCAUGGUGCUCUCAUGACUGUUCCACAAUGUCGCUGACAAUCACCACAUGACCCAGAUGGGUACUAUCAGUACAAUCUCUGUCAAACAGGAAGAAGAAUCACAAUAGAGGAAGUAGAGGGCUGGUGCAAUGCAUGCUGGGAGUUCUCAAAGGAUUCCAACUUAGAGAAGGGUUGGGCUGUGUCUCGGUCUGAAUAAACUGUGCCCAAAAUUUGUACUUCAAAUAUUCUAAGUAAUCAUCUAGUUACAAUUUAUUACGAUGAAGGGGUAGAAUUAAUGAUAAAACUAGUUUACAGAAGCUGUCGGCUUUG